GUUUUGAAAAUAAAAAUUUCUUUGGUGUUUUACAUUCUGAAAAUGUAUGAAAAGUCUAAUUUGUUGUUCCUUAAUUUUAAAUGAAUGCCAAAAUUGAUGACACAAUCUUCUAACAAAGAAAACAUCAAAGCCAUUGUUGUCUACAAGACCAGUCAGUCUCUAUUGUUUUUUCUAUUUCGUUUUUUUAUGUAUUUGAGUUGUGAUUGCCCUUGGACGUGUUUCUCAUUACCGUAGGAUGUUAUAGGAAUGAUUUAAGCACAAGGCUAUAUUGCAUCUUGUAUCGUUAUCGAACCAGCAUCCAUUAUGUCCGACCAUUCAACCAUUAUGGAAGAUAAUCUCAGUAUCAAAUCGUCAGAUUCGGUGACAACCAGUGGCGAAUACGAAAUCGUUCCGGAAGCACCAGAUUGCAUGAAGCCAGGCAGAUCACCGACGCUGAAUAUUGCAAAUGAUGGCGAUUUCACUGACUUGGAGAAGAAUAUGCAUGAAGUAAUUCACGAAUUGGAUCAGGCAACCAUUGCUCCAAGAGGCAAUUCAAACGCUAUCAUCGCAUCAACUUCUAAUCGAGACCAUUCGAACCAGGAUUUUUUACAUCCGAACAAUAUACCAACAUCAGAAAUGAAUAAAGUCGGUCAAUCGGUGUUUUACGAUUGCAUCGACUUGAGUCCAACGGCUGAGAAACAAGAUGACAUGAAACCAGAACGUAGCGAUACGGAAGAAGAAAUGUCGGAUAUAGAUCAGGACUGCACAAUCUUUUCCGGUAUAACUUAUCUGGGUGCGGCAACCAUCAACGCUCCGAAAUCUGAAGUCGAAAUUCAUCGAAAUAUGUCUGAAUUGAAUAGCAUCUCUGACGCCAAUUCCGUUGGAUUAAAAGUAUCCGUCUCGGUGCCGUCUUGUUCCGAGGGUUUAGUAGUGCUGCACGAUCAAAAUACCAACGCAGUGAUUGCUCAUUACGAAAUUCAACGGAUUCUGUUUUACGCUCGUGGAUCAGUGAAUUCGGCCGAUCAAGCUUGUUUCGCUUUCACAUGGUCUCAUGGCGAUUCGCAAGAGUCUGCGAUUUUCCAAUGUCAUGUUUUCAAGUGCAACAUUCCGGAAGCUGUUACACAAGUCAGCGCCUGUUUUGCUAAAGCAUUCCAACGUGUACCGCAAAGUCUAACUGGCAGCAUCAAUUCCACAGUCGAUAAUAGUGCACCAAUCAUGAUGGCAUCCAUUACCUCAGACAUUACUGGCAAUCCAUUGCAAUCAGCUGAAUACGAAUUCAUUGUGUCGCUCGAAAUCAGAGAAAAGGUCACGAAAAAUGCAUUCACAUCAGCGCCACGGGAUAGAUCAUCAUUCCGAUUGAGAUGCAACACAGACAAGCAGGUUUCCAUUACAGUUAAACAAACGCAAUCGAACAAAUUGCCGCCACUGUACAUCGAACGUUGUUUCGGCGUUUUACUUAGCCCUGGAAAGUUAGUUCGGCAGGCCGAUAUGCGAUUACUUGACAUGGUAUCAAUGGGAUAUGUGAAAAAUGAUACGCCACAGACACAGCUGGCGACCAACCCAUGUCUGCAACCAUACGCCAUUCGAGCCGAAUGGAAAGCGAAUGACAAAAAUUUCGAAAAACUGAACUAUGAAUCUCAGAAAAUGUACCUUACUGUAGCUGUCGACCUCGUGAUCAAAGGUAUUCAAGAACCGGUUAGAUUUGUUAUCGAAACGCCUGUGAGCAUUCAACCACAAAAUGAAAUGCGACUGAUGGAUCACUUUUUUGCUGGCAAAAAGACAAUGUUGACAAGAUUUUACCUGCAGCUGAAAGACAGUGGUGGUUCGUGGGAGGUCAACUCAAUUGAUCCAUCCGAAGAAAUUAUUGAAUCGACGAGUGGACAGGGAGGAUCAAUUCUGAAAAAUCUUGGCAUUAAUCAUUUUUCUCGCAUGGUACGAUCGACCAGCAACGUUUCGAUCGAUGAUGACACUCCAACCGAUUACAGUUCAGAUGGUGACGAACCGUUGCUGUCUGGUACCGGCGAGGUGUCAAAAGAUUGUUCUCAAGAUACGCUGGACGAAUGGGGUCCAAUAAUACAAGAAUGGGAUGGCGAGAAAAGACCCAAAAAUCUGGCCCAGUUAGUACGAUUAGGCGUUCCGGAAGCAUUGCGCGGAAAAAUAUGGCAAAAAUUGAGUAACGUCGAAAAUAAGGUGGAAAUGACUGAUCGCUACCGAGUGCUGCUAACAAAGGACACAAAAUGCGAAACAGUCAUCCAACGAGAUAUUCAUCGCACGUUCCCAGCCCACAAAUUUUUUAAGGAAACUGGAGGCUCCGGACAAGAUGCUCUCUUUAAAGUAUCGAAAGCCUACGCAGUUUUCGAUUCGGAACUCGGUUACACACAGGGAUUAAGCUUCAUAGCUGCCAGUUUACUUCUGCAUAUGCCAGAGGAAGAAGCGUUCUGCGUUCUAAUCGCACUGAUGUAUGAUUAUGGGCUGCGUGAUCUCUACAAGGAUGGUUUCGAAAAUUUAUAUCUAAAGUUGUACCAAUUGAAUCGCCUGAUCAAGGACCAGCUGCCGAAAUUGUAUGAGCACUUCGAAAGAACAGGCGUUGAAACUCACAUGUUUGCCAGUCAAUGGUUUCUCACAGUAUUUACUGCCCGUUUCCCUCUGUGUUUCGUUUUUCACACGCUGGAUGUAUUUCUUUUGGAUGGGAUAAAUUUCCUGUUCCAAGUGGCACUAACGCUGUUGUCCGUUUGUGAGGCCGAACUCAGGCAGUUGGACUUCGAAGGAAUAUUAAAAUAUUUCCGCAUAACAUUACCGAAGAAAUGCCGCAGUGCGGGGCAGACACGAAAACUGCUGAAAAGUGCAUGUGAGAAGAAGAUGAAGAAGUUGAAGUUGUACGAAGAGGAAUUUGUGGCCAACAAAGAAUUAGCCGAAAAACAAGAGCAAGAAAUCAAACAGUACGAGCUGAAGUUUGUCGAAGAAAGGCAGAAAUUGAAAGCAGAAGCGGCAACGCUGCAGAGUCAACUGGAUCAAGCUCUCGAAAAGAACAAAAUCGACGACAAAAAGAAUGCGGGAAUCAUCACGGACUAUAAACAAAUCAUACAACGGCAAGAGGAUCAAAUCACUAAACUGAAUACGAUGUUGGAGGAUAUGACGCGAACGAUUUCCAAAUGUCUCACAUGCUCGUCAAACAUAUCGCCCGAUUCACCACUUCAUAAACACUAUCAACUUUCCGGUAACAAUAAACCAAAUAUGGACGCUCCACUCGGUCCGCUGGAUCCACUAAAUGUGGCAUUACAACGGGUCCGAGAGCUAGAACUCGAAUUGGCCCAAACGAAAUUAGCGCACGUUGAAGCCGAAUGCAAGAACCAAGAUCUAAACCAUCAACUGAACACAACCCUCACCGAAAUUCAGACGAAUCGAGGCAGUUGGCAGCCUUGGCUCUCAAAGACAAUCAAUUCCAUUCAGGAGAAAGUCACAACGCGUCGCGAUACGCCCACUUUUCAAUCGUAUGCAAUCGGUCCGACAGCCGACAAUGUGUUUGCUCAAUCGGAAUCGCCGAAACGGAAACCGCCGUUGUCUCACACGUCGAGCUUGAAUCGGAAUAGUUUAGAUAUUCGGAAAAAUGACUCGGCCAUUCAUAAGGAGGCUCGGAAUAGUUUGAAAUAAAUGGGAUAUUGUUGCGGAGGAUAGUGAUGGGAAUUUCUUAAAAGUUUGCGUUUGACGAACACUAUAAGUCACUUUCUAUUGUGACAAGAAUGGUACUAAAUUUGGCCACGAAAGUUAAUAUUUUCGUUGUUAGUUGAAAUAAAGUUGAAUUUCGGAAAACUGUUCUGUACUACAUGUCGUAAUUUCAGAAGUUCUUUGGCAUCUACCAAAGUUUCGACUGCGGGAAAGGGAUGAAAAUCAGAUGUGUGAUAUACUGGCCGGUCCGGCAUAGAAGACAUUCAAUUAUAAUUAGCAAUGUUUCUGUUUUAAAGCAAUUUCAGUUUGUGCUAUCAGUUCAUAGAAAUGUUUCACGUUCUUUUGAAAAAAGAAAUUUCGUUUUAUAU